GUUAUGCUUGUCGCUUGUUUGGUUCCAUGUGACACGGACUGUGACAUCGGUGCCCUGACGGAUACCCGCUGCCGUGUCACGUGGUUGCAGAGGUUUUGGGGACGGUCUUAUUCGUACGGAAGUGACAGCGCUGUAGGUGGCGCUGCAGCAGUUGCCACGGCUGGUGCAGAUGCUGCCGCCGGUGCUAGCGCUGCCGCUGCAGCUAGCGGUGGUACCGCCGUUCAGACUGGCGCUGAUGUGGGCGUUGCUGCCGACGCCGAGGCCGUUGUCGCCACCGGCGGAGCGCGCGCGUCUCUCCGGUGCAGUCCUUGCACAGUGAGCACAUGCCGGACGGGUCAGCAUGUUCCGUGCUUGCGAAUCAGGGAUGCACCGGAGAGCGGCGUGUGGCAUCUGGCAGCACGUGGCUGGUGUAUCGUCACGGAGAGCAGGGUGAUGCGGAAGGAGGACGACGAUAUAGCCUUCGUACGUCUCCCUGCAGCAGAUGAGUACAAGCCAUGCGACGUGCAUGUGGAUAGCAUUGUACUUGAUGUCGGUGCGAAGGCUAUGGAAACAGCAGGCGACCUGUCCAAAGUUAACAGCAACAUCAGCGGUAAUGUCCAGAAGGAAUUCAGGUCAGACGAGUACCUAAUGCUAACUCAGACAGUGGGGUUCGGGCCGGACAAGCGAAUCCUGAUGGACGUCGGCGCAUGGGCUCGUCUGCAAGCGGUCAGCAGCAGCGGAACUAGUGAGCAGCCGUUGUCAAACGAGGAGUUUGUGUUUGUGUUCGAGGCGACGGUGCAGGAGGUGCUGAAUGAGGUGAUCAGCACCCAGCGAGUGCCGCGGAUGAGCAGCGAUUACGAAGAGGAGCUGUUGCGGGAGGCCGCUGGCAUCCAUGCCGCUCUUGUCGAGGCAGGGCGGCCCGGUCUUUUGUACGACAACCGCUCGGCGGCAGCCUCUCCUGCUGGCGGUGCCGCUGCUGUUACGCGGCAGGCGCUGGCGGGUGGAUCUCCUAGCAGCCAGGGGCGUAAGCGGAAGGGGAAGGAGGUGGAGGAGGAAGGGGAGGUGGGGACGGCGACGACAGGCAAGCAAGCGGCCGUUUCUGCGCACGCACGUACUGCGGGCCCUAUACCCUUCCCAUUUAACGAGCUGGAGGGUUUGGUGAGCCACAUAGCUUCAGCUUUCCGCCUGAACGCGACGAGGCAGCCUAACGCAACGGAGGACGAACGGCGGGCAGCAUAUGCCAGCGUGACCGGAAGCACGCCGCUGACGGUGCAGAUGGAUGAUGAUAACAUACCAGCGGUCAACAUGUUUGACUUUGCGGUAACGCGCAGCCGGGCGGGCAAGGUCCUUGCGCAGCUGCCGCCGCCGUUACCGUUUCGUGCCGUGUGGGGCCCUCCAAAGACCGGGCGGUUCACAUCGGCGGUGGUUGGAAACCUGCUGCCACCGGGCACUAUAGUGGUGAGCGACGUAAAGAAGACUGGCAUCCAGCCACGGGCAGGUGUCGUCAUCUGUGGCCACUCAGAGCAUGGAUGGGGAGGCUACUCUGUGCCGGUUCUGUGCUUAUGUGACAGCUGUUCAGAAACAGACGACGCCCUCCAGCGGAUCUUCGACCUUAAGACGGCGUUUCACCGGCACGCGGGGCAGGAAUCUCUUGACACAGCCGCGUUUAACUGCCAUGCUGUUGUAUGGUUUCCAAUGGAGGGCGCGCCGGCGGAUGAUGACCUUCUGUUCAGCGAGGACGUUGACUCGCCGACGACGCCCGGUUUGACAGGCCUGGUGGUGGUGUCAAUCCAUCGGCUUCUGGCAGGCUGGGCUAAAGUCGGCGGCCGUCCAUUGCGUCGGUUGCCGGAAGGGCUGUUCUCGGCUGCUUCACCGAGACCUGAUUGGAGGCUGCCGGCAGACCCCCAGAAGCUGCCGAGGUUUAGGCGGGCACGGGAGCUCAUCGAGGAGUGGCACGGCAGAAUGACUCGGCUUUCCUCAACGCCCGCGGACGCCACGCAACAUGCGUUCAAUGCUGUCCUGUCCGAGAUUCCGCCGGCGAGUGAGGCCGAGGCUCGCACGGCGGCGGACGCGGCGCAUGCAGCUGCUGAGAGCGCGGUCCUGGCACGGCCGCGGACGGAAUACAUCUUCCAAACUCGAAACGGUGCAGAGGGGACGGGAUCUCGGGUUGGUCUGGAGGGGGAAGAUGAGGAGGUUAAGGAAGGGAAGAGAGAGCGGCGUAAGAAGGAAGCAGGCGGCGGAAAAGACAGGAAGGGAUAAGCAUGCAUGUAGCAUUACACGCAUGCACUAGCAUGGAUACGCUGGGAUAUGUUUAACUGGGUUUGCAUCACGCAAGUUGGGUAACGGUAUGAGAGUGUUGAGGUAACGGCAUGAGAGUAUUGGGUAGCGGCAUGAGAGUAUUGUUUGCUUUACUUUGCACAUGUGCCGGGCUGUGUCUGUGCUAAUGUAUGACGCGAGGGGGUGUGUAGAGCUUGCACAAUAUGCGGGGGGAUUAAAGCGGGGAUGCUUGCAUGCGUGUGGGGGCUACAACGGGUGAGGCGGCAAGUUGCAUGUGGCGAGUUGGCGAGUUGGCGAUGUGCGAGUUGGCGAGUCGGCGAGUUGGGUAACGUUGGAACGGGUGCCGUUGCCGUUGCAUGCUGCAAUUGCAUGGAUUGGGCGACGUUGCUGUACAUGUCUCACCACAUAACAGAGAUCCGGCGACGUCGCUGUUAAGCUGUGUCUUCUUAAAUGUUUAACGGGCCCUUUUGGAUUGAAUUGGCGCAACUUGGUAGUAGACGUUGCAUGUCGGUGAUGAUUGGAACCGUCGGUAAGGUUGUGGGAUCGCCGCAUGUGCACAUGGUAAGGCCGUACAUGUUGCCGUGUUUCCGGCGCAGGUGAUUGUCUGAAAGCGGAAGCACAACUACAUGUGUACGAUAGAGUUGUGCAUGAUGAUGGCUGCUGAACGGUACAGCGACGGUUAUGGAUCGUAUUAAUUGGGGCUAGCUAGUGGAUAGCGAGGUGAUGGAUGUAAGUACCGAAGCUUUUCUUGUCUGUUACAUCAUAAUUGGGUGUGGCAAUUGCUGUCCAGUUCAUGCAACCCGUACAGACCUAUUGCGUGAUGGAGCUGCUAUCAUGCUGUGACGGUCUAUGUCACCCAUAUCAUCGGUGCCCCAUGUCAUCCAUUCAACCGUCAACGACACAGAAAGCAGAAUGUACAGAAGGAUAGCAGCAGGUGCGACCUCACCGACCCACAGAAAGUAAGAAAAAAACGGCAUGCAAGGGCUGCGAUCGAAUAACAACGUUCGAAUGCAAACGUAUCCAAUAUCCCCAAACGGCAGUCCUUACGGAGACAAUGUAUUGAAACGAUAGUAUGGGCAUACGCAUCAGGCAACGACGCAGCACAUCACAUGCACCACCGACGCAUCUUGUCAUUCGGUCCAUUUCCUAUAGGCACAUGCGGUCGGUAGACACAGCAGAAUGUACGGAAAGACAGCAACAUGUACGGCCACACCAAAACAUUCCAUUUCUUAUCAACACGGCCACACCAACAUUCCAUUUCUUAUACCGUACAGACGGUGGGGAUAGCAGUGUGUACGACAACAGCAAUCCAUCCAGAAGGGACCAUUCGACAUGUCAGCGACACCUGACGCAACACUGCCCCGCACUUCAUGGUACUCCGCAUGUAGUUGUCCCUGCCGAGACAAACAUAACGACCGCACGGGCAUCAAUCAACUACCCUACUAUCGCGGCGUCAUGCGGACGAUCCGGGUGUGGCGGUCAAUGGUCCGGAUAUCCACGUCGACAUGCAGAUCGAACGGCUCCUGCAGGAAGCGGGACAGGGACCGCUGCGGCACCUCCGAAAUGUCGACGUCGCCGAACUCCUGGACGUAACCGGGGACGUGGCGGAGGACAUCCAGGGUGUCAGCGUACACCGCGUAGUGGCGACCCUGGUGAGUGAGGGCCAUCGGGAAAACGUGGGCCUCGCCAAGCACGGGCCUGACGAUCAGAGGCUGGACGGAGGCGUUCUCCAUCACUCCGUC